CGAAGACUUGACCGUAGUUGAAGCUCAGCCUCUUCGUUUUUAAUAAGUAAAAAUGAGUUCAACUGAGAAUCUGAGAGAGUUUAUCGUCCAGCGGCUAACUGCUGCUGCUGAAGACAUUUUUGGAGUUUUUCAGAGAACUAUUGUGGAGUACCAGGCAGAGAUCGAUCGACAGCGCAGACUGCUGGAUAUCGUUUGGCAGCCGCACGUCAGCUUACACAGGAUAGGUGUCCCACAGCAACAUGAGAGUAAAGAUGAGGAGGUUGUGGCUGACCAGCAGCUCUGUGACCAGGAGAGGAACUUCAGUCUGGACCAAGAGGAGCCAGAGCCUCCACAGAUGAAGGAGGAGCAGGAGGAAGUCUGCAGCAGUCAGAGGGGAGAGGAGCCCAUAGUGAAGCAGGAGACUGACACAUUCAUGUUGACUCUUACUAAUGAGGAAAAUGACCAGACUGAAACUGAACAACACGAACAGCAGCUCCUCUCUCACACCUCCCAUGUCACAGAAAAUCAAGAUCCCAAAGAAAGCAAGCGCAUGGACCCAGAAUCAAUUGGAAUAUCAAAACCAACACAAAAAGUUAGGCAUAUGAAGAGAAGAAUUCAGAAAACUAAAACAUCAAAGACUGAUCGUAGUCCUCACCAAAGUCAAAAGUUUUUGAAAUGUGAGAGAUGUGGUAUAAAGGUUAAGAGCAAGUCAGACAUGCAGGCACAUCAGCGUGCCCACGAUGGUAAGAAGAUACAUUCACGCAAGUUUUGUGGGAAAAUGUUCAUCUCCAAGUCAGAUUUGUCUCAACAUACAACAUCCCACACAGGUGAGAGGCCAUAUUCAUGCAAAACAUGUGGAAAAAGUUUCUCACGGCUUACAAACUUUAAUGCUCAUUGUACAGUCCAUACACGUGAAAAGCCGUUUACAUGUGAAAGGUGCAGCAAAACUUGCAGAGGUGAAAGGGACUUGAAUAUUCACAUGAGAGCUCACAAAGGUGAACCGUACUCUUGUGAUAUCUGUGGGGAAAAAUGUACUCUCAAAAGAAGUUUGAAUAAGCACAAAAAAGAUCAUCAUACUGGUGAAACGCUGUAUACCUGUGAAACAUGUGGUAAAUCUUUCAAAUAUAAAAGCUGGUUGAGAACUCAUACAAGAACACACACAGGUGAGAGGCCUUUCUCCUGCAGAACAUGUGGAAAAGGAUUCAAACAAAGUUCUGACAUGAAAAGUCACAUGAGAACACACGCAGGUGAGAGGCCUUUCUCCUGCAGAAUAUGUGAAAAAGGAUUCAAACGAAGUUCUCACAUGAAAGUUCACAUGAGAACACACACAGGUGAGAGGCCUUUCUCCUGCAGAAUAUGUGGAAAAGGAUUCAAACGAAGUUCUCACAUGAAAGUUCACAUGAGAACACACACAGGUGAGAGGCCUUUCUCCUGCAGAACAUGUGGAAAAGGAUUCAGUCAAAGUUCUUACAUGAAAAGUCACAUGAGAACACACACAGGUGAGAGGCCUUUCUCCUGUGUUACCUGUGGGAAAUUAUUUGCCCGCAGACAUCAUUUGGAUCGGCACCAAAGAAAUCAUACGGGUGAAAAGCCGUUUACUUGCACAGCAUGUGACAGGUCAUUUAAAUCCUUGGAAGUCUUAACAGUUCAUAUGAGAAGAGCUCACACAGGUGAGCGUCCGUACCUUUGUAAGAUCUGUGGGAAAAGAUUCUUUGACUCAUCGGUUCUUUCACGACAUGUGAAAUCACACGCAGACAAGUAGCCAUGUGUACACAGAUGUGGUGGAGAAGACUGAGUUUGAGCUUGUAAUGAUGUCAGAUUUGAAACUCACUAAAAGAUCUUAAUUGGGACACUUUUCAUUGUCAUCUCUGGGCAAGUGAGAUAAAAAUGUGAGUGCCUCUCCAGAGUUAGAGUUAGUUUGUAGUGUCACUGGAGAAACUUAGAACAAGUUUAAUUUUCUGUUCUAGUGUUCAAUUUACAAUAAUAAUAAUAAUUUAAGGGAGUACUUUUUUAGGAAAAUGUCUACAAUAAAUGCUUUUUUUUGGUUGGAAGGCUAUGUACAUGUUUGUUUUGCUUUUGAAAAGGAACCUUUUUAAAGCAGAUUUAUCUGCAAGGCCUCUUCCCUAUUCUCAAAACAUUGAACACAAAUCUCAGUUUUCAAAGAACUUUCACAAAACCUCUGAUAUUGCGGUCAAAAUCACUUCCGAGCAGUCAUCAAACACUGCAACAACAUCUCAAUUAGAAAUAAACUCAUUUGCAAGGAUUUUUCCUUCCACAAGGUUAAAAUUUCUUAAAAACUGAACCACUUGGAUUGCAUAUUUGAUGAUAGCAUCCUCUUUAUGUGAGAUUGGUACAUUUUUAAAGAAAGUCUGAGUAUGACUGUAACAUUCCAUUUUUGUUUGAUUGACUGGUUGCAUUGAACAAGAUUCAGCUGGCAUAAAAUGGUGAUUUAUUUUUGUAUGCUAUGCAAUUAUAUAUAUACAAGCUUCUUCAACUCAGCUUUGUCACAGUGAAAUUUGAGCAAUGUUUAGGUAAAUCUAAAUGACCCUCAGCAUUAAUUAUUUUAUAACAUCAUCUGAUACGAUUCAACAUAAUGGCUAAAUGUGUGAAUUGAUCAAUGGACCAAAAAUUCAAGCAAUGAGUCAGUCCACCAUCAGAUGUAAAGAUUAAAUCUGAGGUUUGUUUGGCUGAUAUAUUAUCUACAAUAUUUCUGUUGGGCCUUUUCAAAAGCAAUGAUAAAACAGAAUUAAACUUUAAAUCUUGUUCAAAGAUGAUGUGUUUUAAUGUUUGUGUUUGCUUUUAUUCCGAAUGUUUUGUUUUAUUUCCCUUAUUUCCCAAAGAUAAAGUGUUUUUCAUGGAAAAAAAGGUUUAACAUUAGUUGCUCUUGCUGACAUUUCAGAGCUCUGUCCAACAGUUACACCAUUCUUUAUCAUUGUUCCCUUGUUCAGGGCUCUUUACCAGGGAUGAAGCUCUCUCUUUCUUCUUUUGGUCAAAUGUCAAACCUAAUAGGUUGUUUAUUUGUCUCUCAUUUCUUCAUUGGCAUUGUGCAGCUGGAUAUUGAAAGGUUCUGUGUGACAUUUGAUUUUGUCUUAGAAAGGAUUUUAGUAUGUCAUUCUUUACAGAACAACUGAUGUGUAUCUUGUACUGACUUUUAGGUAAAACAAAUAAGGAAAUGUGUUUUGUCAUUUUUGACUGUAUCACCCAGUUCUGAA